UUUUCGAGCGUGCGCAAUCCCACAAAGACUGAGUUGUCAGCUGUGCUUGAUCGUGUCUUGAUCGCGGAUUUGUUUACCUUUGAAUUCGCGUGAAUUUUACAUAAUAUCGCUGUGUGAAAAUGGCACCACUUCGCUGGGGUAUCGUCAGCGCGGGGAAGAUUUCGCACGACUUUACCACUGCGUUGGCAACCUGGCCCAAGGAGCAGCACCUGGCGGUGGCCGUGAGUGCUCGGAAGUUGGCCGACGCGGAACAGUUUGCCAAGAAGCAGGGGCUGGCCAAAGCUUACGAGGGGUACGAGGCGCUGGCCAAGGAUGCCGAGAUUGAUGUCGUUUACAUCGGGGCCAUCAAUCCGGCCCACUACGAGAUCGGUCGGCUGAUGCUGGAUCACGGCAAGCACGUACUCUGCGAGAAGCCACUUUGCAUCAACGAGGGUCAGUCGAAGCGGCUGUUGGCCCACGCCCAGGCCAAGAAACUGUUCUUAAUGGAGGCCAUCUGGUCGCGGUUCUUCCCGUCGUACAUCCAUCUGCGGGACCGCAUCGAUGCCGGUGAGCUCGGGGACAUUCAACAGGUGGAGGUCGCGUUUGGAUUUCCGCUGGCCGACGUGGAUCGGCUGCGGAUGAAGCAACUGGGCGGCGGGACCGUGCUGGACUUGGGUGUCUAUACCAUUCAAGUUAUUUUGUGGGCGUUUCGAGCUGCACCGACGAAGAUCGUGGCGAAGGGAAAGCUCAACGAGGACGGUGUGGAUUUGGAAGUAAGCGCCGAGCUGCACUUUGCCAACGGGGGAAUCGCCCGGAUGAAAACGAGCGCUCUCGAGAAGCAGACCAACACGGCCACGGUGCGUGGCUCCAAAGGCACGAUGACGCUGCACGACUUCUGGUGCCCCCUGGCACUGACAGAUAUUGAUGGAUCGCGCAAGGAGUACACCCUGCCGGAUGGGGCCCGCCAUCCGUUCAACUUCCAGAACAGCUGCGGUUUGCGGUACGAGGCCGAAGAGGUGCGCCAGUGCAUUGCCGGUGGGCGGCUCGAGUCCGCGUCGGUGCCGCACAGCGAGAGUCUGCUAAUUGCGCGCAUUCAGGACGAGAUAAGACGCCAGAUUGGGGUUCAGUUUCCGGAGGAUGCCGAGUUUCAAGUUUGACUUGUUCGCGGAAAUUGAGUAUGAGGCAUGAAGCCUCAAUGUCAUUGGAAAUGUUAUAAAUUAUUAUAGAAAUUGCAUCCACACAUUAUUGAUUAAAUUAUAAUUUUACAGGGUAAAAUAAAAUAAAUAUUCAAACUUCUUGA